AUGGAGCGGCCAUUUGGGCCUUCCCUAUGCAGGGAAGGAAAAUCCGGCACCUGUCUGCACUACAGAGGCCCUUCCUACUCUCAAUUACAAGAGCCUUCAGGAACAACAUCUACUGAUGCACUAAACAUCUUGGCAGGAGUGCUACCACUUCAUCUACGCAUAGAAGAAGAAGCGGUGACACAACAGGUUCAGCAGUUAAGACUUUCACUUACUUAUGAUUACGUUACCUUCUCUCAAGAACAGUUUGAGAAUAAGACCUCACAACUUCAUAUACACCCAGCAAUCAAGGGUAUUGGAAUUCACCUCACGAAGAACCCAGCAUAUGUGGCACCAUCCGGCUACAUCUCCAUCUACACAGAUGGUUCUCGUAUUGACGAAAAGGUAGGCAGCGCCUUUGUCGUGCUCAGUGAACAACAACAACCCCUUCACCAAUGGCAGAUGCAGCUCAGCACUGAAAACAGCGUUUUCCAGAGUGAAGCACUCGCCAUUCACGAGGCCAUACGCUAUCUAACGAAUAAUAAAAUCUCCAAAGCCUUAAUACAUACAGAUAGCCUGUCUUCUAUGCAAGCAAUUGCCAAUUCAGAACAUACCUCCCCGCAAAUAGCAGGCAUUCAAAAAAGUCUACGUGAAAAUGCUCACAAUCAUUACGUCAUAAAAUGGAUUAAAGCGCACACAG